AGCACUUCCUGUUUUCAGAAAAACCUUCCAACAUCGUGAACACGUGCGAGGAACUUUUAAUUUUAACUAUGUUUUCCUUACCGUUGCUGCGAUAACAGUUAUAUUCUUGUUUUGAAAGAUCAAAAGAUGAAGUCAAAGAAGAAAGAAAAUGCAGUUGUAUAUGAGAAUGAAACUACAUGUAUGAACACAGGACCAGAAGCUGACUUUGAAUUUUUUAAGAGAGUUCUUGAUACAAUUCCACCAGCAUCCUUUUUUUCUGAGGACACAAAAGAAAAACUUUUGCAGGAGUCAGAUGAAAGUGAAUCAGAGUCAGAUGAAGUAGAUGGUGAAGAUGUAAAAAAGAGGAAAAAAGAACAGAGAUCUAAAGGGGUGAAGAAACAGAAGUUAAAUCCCCUGCAAAUUAAAACUGUUUCUCAAUUACAGUUUGAAUCCCAAUCAGCUGAAGAGGAGGAGCCAUAUAGCAAAAUUAAAGAGAAAAACAAACACAAACACAAAGGAAAAAGCAACAAGAAAUCUGAUGGAGGGGAAGGAACUCCAGAUGUUAGUAAGGCAGCAAGGUUAGAAGCUCUUAGGCAGAAAAUGGUGGAAAUGCGAAAGCUAAGCAAGGAAAGAAAAUUAACUCCGACAGAAUUACAAGAAAAGAAAAGACUCCGAAGAAAAGAAAGCAAAUUAAAAAGUAAAGUCAAGCGCAAGAAGAAUAAAAACCCUGUGUUAAAAGCUAGUGGUCCCGUGAAUGGUGAUGUUGUGACCGGUUACAAAUCCCCGGAGCGUCCAUCAGUGAUGGACAAGGGUGGUAAACUUGUGUUUAGUAAAUUUGACUUCACAAAGAAUGAUGAGAAGGAAAAACAUAAAAAUUCUCUACAUGGGAAAGACUUUAAGAGACUCCUAGAAAAUAUUGAAAAGAGGAAAUCAAAGGUGGAGAAUAUGAAGGAAAAAGAUGCAGAAAAAGCAAAGAAAAUGGAGCAAAAGAAUGCUUGGCAAAGUGUCAUGCUCCGGGCAGAAGGAGAGAAGGUUAAGGACGAUCCUGCUUUGUUAAAGAAAGCCUUGAAAAAGAAGGAGAAAAUGAAAGAGAGAAAGAAGGCAAAGUGGACAGAGAGACAAGAUGCUGUGAAUAAAAAGAUGGAAAAGAGACAGGAAAAAAGACAGAAAAAUAUACAAAGCAGGAAGCAGAGCAAGAAGGACAAGAAAAUAAAAUUGGCGAAAAAGAAAGGCAGGAUGGUGCCAGGGUUUUAACUCUGUAUAUUGAUUAUUUUCCUGGCCUUUUUUAAAAUUCUAUUAUGAAGACUGUUAUAAAUUUGAAUGAAGUCAAAUGAAGACAUGCUUACUUGUUAUGUAUCAAGUGCCCAUUCCCACUAACAUUUUGUAGAAGCAGUGAAUUUU